AUGCCCCGACCCUCAAGGAACCCCAGGGACCCAUGUUCCCCAUCUGAAGACGUGGCCCACAGUUCCAGGCACAGACGGUGCAACCCACGAGGUCAAAACACCAACAGAGCAGCAGAGGCAUCCUCAGCAAACAUAAAUGAUGCUCCCCUGCUGCCUCUCUGCAUCAACACCCCGGGCCUCAGCCUGACCCAGUUCAUACUGGGAUAUAUGCCCUGGCUCACCUGCUUGGUCUGCUUCCUGAGAACUCAGGCCCAAGAAAUCCUAUUCAACACCCGCAGGUCCAAGUUGCUCUGCCAGAAGCUCAUGGAGAAGACGGGUGUUCUGUUUCUCUGCGUUUUUGGCUUCUGGAUGUUGUCCAUGCACUUACCAUCAAAAAUGGAAGUCUGGCAGGAUGACAGUAUAAAUAGUCCACUACAGAGCCUAAGGAUGUACCAGGAGAUGGUACGACAUCACACAGGGGAAAUCCAGGACCUCCGAGGUAGCAUGAACCAGCUCUUUGCCAAACUCCGGGAGAUGGAAGCAAUGUCCGAUGAGCAAAAAAUGACACAGAAAAUAAUGAAGAUGAUACAAGGUGAUUACAUCGAAAAGCCCGACUUUGCCCUGAAGUCCCUAGGGGCCAGCAUCGACUUCGAGCACACAUCAGCCACGUACAACCACAACAAGGCUCGUUCCUACUGGAACUGGAUCCGGCUGUGGAACUACGCGCAACCCCCGGACGUGAUCCUUGAGCCCAAUGUCACACCUGGCAACUGCUGGGCCUUCACCGGUGACCGUGGUCAGGUGACCAUUCGAUUGGCCCAGAAGGUCUACCUAUCCAACAUCACCCUGCAGCACAUCCCCAAGACCAUCUCACUGUCAGGCAGCCUGGAUACAGCACCCAAGGACUUUGUCAUCUAUGGCAUGGAAAACCCCCCGAGGGAGGAGGUGUUCCUGGGGGCAUUCCAGUUUCAACCAGAAAAUACAAUCCAGAUGUUCCCGCUCCAGAACAAGCCACCCCGGGGUUUUGCUGCAGUUAAAGUGAAGAUCUCCAGCAACUGGGGGAACCCACGCUUCACCUGUCUGUACCGUGUGCGUGUGCAUGGUUCCGUGACCCUGCCCAAAGAGUCACUGCCAGAAUCCCUGCCCUGAGAGAGAGUAAAGUAUGUUCUUUAACCC